AUGAGUACCCAAUUCGACGUCUCCGCACUGCGGAAGCAUUUCCCUGCGUUGCAGCACAAGCAAAUCUACUUUGACAAUGCCGGUGGAAGCCAAGUGCUUCAAGAAGUCAUCACAUCCGUUUCCGACUACUUAUCAUCGAACAAUGUCCAACUCGGAGCGAGCUAUCCCGUAGCCCAGGAAUCCACCAGGCUCUUUCAGGUGGGAUGCGAAGCCGUGGCGAAGUAUAUCAAUGCCCAACCAGAGGAAGUGGUGAUAGGCCCCUCAACCACUCAACUCUUCCGCAACGUCUCCCAGGCCCUGUACAACUACGUCUCGCCUGGAGAUGAGAUCAUCGUCUCCAAACUCGACCACGAAGCCAACAUCGCCUCCUGGAUCCAGCUGGCCACCGACCGCGGCUGCACGUUGAGAUGGUACGCCCCGGAACUCGACAAGCAGAACCCGCACGUCGAGCUUCCCACCUUGCGAAAGUUGCUCAGUCCCAAGACGAAACUCGUCGCCGUCACGCACACGAGUAAUAUCCUCGGCACGAUCAACGAUGUCAAAGCGAUCGCUCAAGCCGUGCAUGAAGUCGGUGCUUUGCUCGUCGUGGACGCCGUGGCAUUUGCUCCGCACCGACAAGUCGAUGUCAAGGAAUUGGAAGUCGACAUCUAUUCUUUCUCAUGGUACAAAGUCUACGGCCCGCACGUCGCCAACCUCUACGUUUCCAAAGCCGCGCAAAAACACCUCCGCACGCUCGGCCACUUCUUCCACCCCGUCAACGAGCUCUCCUACACCCUCGGCCUCGCAGCCGCAAACUACGAACUAACUGCCAGUAUUCCGCACGUUGUCGAGUACCUCAAGCGCAUCCCGUGGGACGAGAUUGCCGAUCAUGAAGAACGGCUGCAGGCGAUUCUGAUCGACUAUUUGAACUCGAAGGCCGGGCGGAUAAGAAUCUGUGGCGAGCCGGUUGCGGAUAAGCAGAAGCGAGUCCCCGUGAUUAGUUUUGUUGUUGAGGGGAGGAGUAGUCGUGAGGUGGUCGAGGCUGUGGAAGCGAAGAGCAAUUAUGGCUUCCGAUGGGGGUCUUUCUAUUCGAACCGCUUGGUGCAGGAUGUGUUGGGCUUGGAUCCUGUCGAUGGGGUUAUUCGAGUGUCUCUGGUGCAUUACAAUACCGAGGAGGAAAUCCGAGGCUUUGUGAAGGUGUUGGACGAGGUCUUGUCAUCCUGA